CCUGCGCUCUACCCUUGAAUUCGCGAACUCCAUUGUCGUCUUGGGCGUGUAAUACCAUAGUGAAAUUGAUAGUAAAAUUGUACACAAAAUUUAUCUCUGCCAGCAAGUAAACAUUGUGAAUUCAAUCGAAAAUUGAUCCGAUUGUUUGGUAAUAUGUUCACUUGAAGGGAUUUCAUUCAGGACGGUGCAAUAAAAAAGUGAUAAACGAACCGUGCUACUGUAUUAUCAACGGAGAAGUUAAGAAAAGCGAACCGCUUGCAAUAGAUUUUUGACCAGAAUUUCAACGAUGGAUUUAAAGGGAAAAGUUGCUUUGGUGUCGGGAGGUGCUACUGGUCUCGGCCGUACCUUCUGUGAGGAAUUGUUGCGACACGGCGCUAAGGUGUCCAUAUGUGAUUUGGAUUCGGAUGCCGGUGAAAAUGCUCAGAAAUAUUUAAGCGAGACAUUUGGCAAGGACAGAAUUUUAUUCUGCCAUUGUGAUGUUACCGACUACGUCCAAUACGAAGAGGCGUUUCAGAGUACGCUGGCCGAGUUCGAUGGAUUGGAUAUUGUGGUGAAUAAUGCCGAAAUUAUGAACGACAAAUUUUGGGAGCUUGAAGUAGAUGUGAAUUUGAACGGUGCCAUACGAGGUACUUUACUGGGCCUCCAGUUCAUGGGACGGGAUAAAGGUGGACAAGGGGGUGUUGUUGUCAAUAUCGGGUCAGCAGCUAGCUUUCGGCCACAAGUGUUUUCACCGCCAAUAUACACAGCCACGAAGCAUGCGAUUUUGGGAUUAUCGAGAUCCUGUGGUGAUGCUUAUCACUAUAGCACAUCAGGUGUACGUGUCAUUGCUUUAUGUCCAGGUCUUUUAUGCUCUGAAAAUGGAAGUGCCGUCCCACAAAAUAACAAAUUCAAAUCACCAGCUCAUGAGAAAGCCUGGCAGGCAGAUAUGAAGGGUGUUGUACCCCAAUCCAUGGAGCAUGUGGCAAAAGGUUUGAUGACUGUCAUCAAAGAAGCAGCCAGUGGAUCUGUUUGGCUGAUAGCGAACGGAACACCGCCCAAAGAGAUUCCAUUUUCGCACGAAACAUUAUAAGCACCAGGUGUAUUACGUUUGUAUCCGACUCCAUUACAAUCAUCAAAAUCACAGAAGUGUUUUGUUUUACGAUUUUGUAGCCGUAACAGUGGUUCGUCAAAUGAACUAAAAAUUUAUUUGUGAUCUUCGUUUUCCAAGAAAAUAAAAUGCUUCGUUUUUACUAAA